AUGACAGUGCACAUGAUGAAGACGGAACUUUUGUUGAAGGAGGCAGUCGGGGUCGUAGAGCAAACCUUGCUGAGUAUCCCCUACGGGGCCAUUCGAGUGCUGACCUGGGAUCAUGCAGCUUCGAGCCUUAAAGUCGACUUCGAGGAAGCACCUCACAAGGUUACCGAGGGAUCGACGAAGGACCGAGGGGAGGGGAACGGCCCAGCAGAUUCUAGCCCCCCGUCGGAUAACAUUUUCAUCUCGGUUCGCGUCGAAAACUCGAUUGAUAUGGAAGAUGAGCUAAAGCAGCGAGCACGGGCAGAGGCGGCGCACGCGAGGAACGCCGGCCGGGAACCCCAAGCAGCGCCUACUUCUGUGUAUCUUGGCAUGUUCGCGGGGUUCACCAAGCCGAAACCUUUUCAGCGCAAGCGUCCAAACCUCUCCUUCACCGUACCGGAGGGCAAACUCCCCACGCUCAAGGAGAUGCGCAGGUGGUCCUUCGAGGAGCACGAGGGGAUCAGCCGACCACAACUCUGUUCCCUGCGUCCGAAGCAUGCCAUGGACGCGGUUUUUCUCGGAGAAAACCGCUUUUCGUUGUCGGCGUUGGAAGGCCUUACCCCAUCAUCGACCAGCAGGGUACCCGACGCGCAAUACCGCUCGACGUUCGGAGACUUGGUGCUGAGCUUCGCUUCCGUCGAGGUGCAGCCGAGGACCGACUGCGGAAAGAACGCAACCUUUUCGUACGACGAGAUCGACGACUGGUCGCUCUCCGUUGUGCCAGGGACGGGGCCGAGGCCGCCCAGCGGGAUCGUGCUCUGGGUAGUCCUGCCCGAGGAAGAAGAGGGGCAGGAGGGCGACGACGACCACGACGACGAUCACGGUCCUGGCGACGCCGGCACCCACCAGGCGAAAGUACGGAGAGAAAUCGAGACGGAGGCCCGAGUGGUGGCCGUCUGGCGAGAGGAGAGCAACACCCGCCUCGGCCGGGGGGGGCGUCCUUGUCGCCGCGUGUUCCUCGGCAUCCCGGACGAAGACCUCACCCUCGCCCGCAACAGCAUGGAGUACUUCUGGAACGCGAGGAGGGCGGAGCUCCGGCUGCCCCCCAAGGCCGGCUCGACGCACGGGCGGUGCGUGGCGUCGAUGGUCACCCUGCGCGGGGAAGUGCAAGCGCCGGCCCUCCCCACCGGCCGAGUCGAUCCGGUCGACCUCGACGGGGUGGACGUGCGCGUCGGCCAGGUGAUCCAGCCGUCGCCGAAGCGCGGGCAGCUCAACCUCCUGCCUAGCCCGCGGGCGCUCCUGGGCGUGGAGAAGAAGCGCACGCUUAGGUACAACGGCGGCGCGCGGCCCCAGUGGGAGCGCGUCGUGGUGCACCAGGGGUGGCUGCGGAAGAGGGGCGGCGGGGCGAUCAAGCGCUGGAUCUGGCGCUACUUCGUCCUCUACGACACCCCGCAGGGGCACUUCCUCGCGUACUACAACGACGUGAGCGAGGUGCCGCUGUACAACGAGGCCCGGAGGGAGCGCCAGCUCGUGGACCUCUGCAAGGUGUGUUUCCUGCGCCCGGAGAUCGGCAGGCAGAAGCUCCCCGCGGUCGAGCUGCCCGCCAACGCGUUCACCGUCGUUACGACACAGCGGCAGUGGACCCUGGCGGCCGACUCCCGAACGGCCGUCCUGGAGUGGCUGCGCAUGAUCUCGGUGGCGGUGGACGAGGACGUGGCUGUGGUCGACGACGGCGAGAUCAUGUUCGAGGUCAAGGCUCACUGGGCCAGGCACGGGGGCGAGUACGGCCCCGAGAACGCCGGCACGGUGCACCUGGGCAGCAUGGGAAUGGAGCUGAGGUUCGGCUUCUCGGAGGCGGCGGCGACGUCGCUGGCCGCGCUGGCCGCGCACCCGAAGAAGAGGGGAUCCUCCAGCGCCAGCUACGCCGACAACGUCAGGUUCUGGAGCUUCACGGACUUCUACAAGUGGACGAUCGUGCUGCUUCAGGACGGCACCCGCGCCCUGGCCGUGCAGUGCUUUAUCGACGACCAGUUCAAGAAGAGAGAGGACAUGCUGCUUGUGACGCCAAACGCCAAGCGUCUGGCUUUGGCGAUCGAGCACCAGGUGGAGAAGUUCAUGUCGUUGAUGCACCUUCGCCUCGAGCGUCAAGAAAACAUGACGGUCACGAGCACUUCUGGUGACACCGCGAGUACCUGCACGGCUAUCGUUGCCCGAACAUCGUCGGAGGAGCUCGUCGAUGACGGAGGCGUGUCGUCGGACGGAGCGCGAACCCCUACCAGCACCGCCGAAGGGUUGCACCGCAUUCCCUCGAUGAACCUGGCCACGGACCCCGAGGUUUGGGUGGGAGAUGCUACCCUUACCCCGGCCGCUCCAGGCCGGCGAGCCUCAGACGGUGGCGGUGGCAUCAAUCCAUUCGACUCUUCCAGCGACGAGGAAGGCGAUGGAGAGGGGACACAGGGGCGGAUAGGAGACGUCGGAAGUGGAGAGGUUGACUCCAGCCUCGAGACUCCCGGCACAAGAAGAUCGGUCUCGAAGGUGUCGAAUGGGAACAACAAUCCGUUCGAUUUUCCGUUCUGCGAAGAAGGUGAAGACUCGUUAGCCGUGGCGUCGUGUGGUCCAAGAGGUGGCGUCGAGGAGACAAAGGGCAACGAACUUGUAGCGGCGGAGCUCAGGCCCUCUGUCACGCGGUCCGCCACCGCGGCUGACGCCGCUCCGGCCACCGACAUCUCGGGGUCCCAGUCCUCAGGGCUAUGCGAGGAUCUUUUUCCGGCAGGUCAAAGCUCGGCGUCCCAUUCCUCCAGUAUAGGCAAGCUGUUCCCGGCAGGAAAAAUUGUCCCAGCCACCGCCACCGCCGCCGCAGCCACCACCGCUGCGGCCCCAUCGCCCACUGGUGCGACGUCCACCACCACCACCCGAGAGGCCGCGUGGCCCGCCGCCUUCGACGCUGCAACUCCUCCCAUCCUCGAUCAGUUGCUGCUCACCACGCCGUGGGGUCCGCCGCGAAUACAAGAGUUGGACCUGGCACGAGAUCAGUCUCCAUCAACUUGGAGUGGCGCGUCGUCUGAAAGGCCUGCAGAUCCAACAGGGUUGUCCUCGACGCCCCAAACUCUCAGCUCGCCCCGGGUGCCCCCACCCCCAGCGGUGGCGCCAGCUACAGGAGAGGGUACAGCAACUGUAGAUAAGUGUCUUCCGCCGACGCCGUUGCUCGCGUUUGGCGCCGAACGUUUAGCUUCUUCUCCGACCCCAACUCCACCCGUGACGCCGCUUCCGAUCCCCCCGUCCAAGACUCCGAUGGACUCGUCCUUUCCGUUUCGAGACUCGACGGGACCACCGUCGCCAAGCGCGGCGCAGGCGCCGGCGGACUUGUUGUCCGGCCUCUGGGACUCGACGACGGACGCGAUGCCUCCGCCAUCUCCCUCGGAGGAACAAGCAGACCUGUUAUUCUCAGCCUUUAGAGACAGAACCGAGAUACCGCCUUCGCCGCCGCCCACUCAAGAAGAGACGGACUUGCACUUGGCCUUUCGAGACAAUACGGCGGAGCCCCCCCCGCCCUCCGGGUCAGAUACACCGACACCCGCCGACGAACCGCAGCUGGAUUGGUUGCAGCAGCCGGAUUCGGGUGUCUUGAAUCCACCGCCUGCGGCGUUGUUGGGCGAGGCGGACUCAAGCCAGAGGCCGGAGGAUUUCAACCCCUUCGGGACGCCGGGAAGCUCACCGCUGUUGGAUUCUACACCGGAGGAGGCAACAUCUCCCGGAAAGGUGCUUUUCGACAACGGCUCUUCGAUGCGCGUGAUCUUGGAAGAAUGCGUCAAUCUCGGCAGAACCUGCUCCAUCGCCCUCAGGCGAAUUCUGGUCGAGACUCUCGGUAUCAGAGAGGUCGCCCAGCAGCGACCAGCGGGGGCGGCGGCCCCAGGGGUGGAGCUGGUUGCUGCAGCCGGAGAGCUUCUUCUCACCGCCCGUUCUCCUUCCUCCGCAAAGAGUGCGAAUGCGGCGGAGGCAGGGCGAGAGACGACAGCGGAAGCGCGAGAAAUAUGCCUCGUGGGAGUAGAGCUGCACGCCGCCACGGGAGCAACGAGAGUCACCACCAAGAGCGCGGAGGCGGUGCUCGCUGAGAGCGUUCAGAAGCUGGUUCUUGAAAGAAUCGCGCAAGUACGUGUCGGCAACGGCGCAGCAGCACCGGCGGUGGUAACGGAUUGA